CGCACCCGCGCCCCGAGCCGAGGACCUCAGCCUGGGAGUGGAGUGGCUGAGCAGGUUCGGCUACCUGCCCCCAGCAGACCCGGAAACGGGGCAGCUGCAGACGCCAGAGGAGCUGUCCAAGGCCAUCGUGGCCAUGCAGCGGUUCGGAGGCCUGGAGGCCACUGGCGUCCUGGAUGAGGCCACCCUGGCGCUGAUGAGAACCCCGCGCUGUUCCCUCCCUGACCUCCCUGCUGCAGCCCCGGCUCGAAGGAGGCGCCAGGCUCUGGCCCCGACCAAGUGGGGCAGGAGGAACCUGUCAUGGAGGGUCCGCACGUUCCCGCGGGACUCGCCCCUGGGCCGCGACACGGUGCGCGCGCUCAUGCACUACGCGCUCAAAGUCUGGAGUGACCUCACGCCCCUGAACUUCCACGAGGUGGCCGGCAGUGCCGCCGACAUCCAGAUCGACUUCUCCACAGCUGACCACAACGACCGCUACCCCUUCGACGGCCCCGGCGGCGCGGUGGCCCACGCCUUCUUCCCAGGCGACCACCACACCGCAGGGGACACCCACUUUGACGACGACGAGGCCUGGACGUUCCGCUCCUCAGAUGCCCACGGCAUGGACCUGUUCGCAGUGGCUGUCCACGAGUUUGGCCAUGCCAUCGGGCUGAGCCACGUGGCGGCCACACGCUCCAUCAUGCAGCCGUACUACCAGGGCCCGGUGGGUGACCCGCUGCGCUACGGGCUCCCCUAUGAGGACAGGGUGCGCGUCUGGCAGCUGUAUGGCGUGCGGGAGUCCGUGUCCCCAACGGCACAGCCGGACACCCCAGAGCCCGAGGAGCCGCCCCUCCUGCCGGAGCCCCCUGAUGAUCGCUCUAGCAGCCCGCCCAGGAAGGAUGUGCCCCACAGAUGCAGCGCCCACUUUGACGCCGUGGCCCAGAUCCGAGGCGAGGCCUUCUUCUUCAAAGGCAAGUACUUCUGGCGGCUGACCCGGGACCGGCACCUGGUGUCGCUGCAGCCGGCACAGGUGCACCGCUUCUGGCGGGGCCUGCCGCUGCACCUGGACAGCGUGGAUGCCGUGUACGAGCGCACCAGUGACCACAAGAUCGUCUUCUUCAAAGGAGACAGAUACUGGGUGUUUAAGGACAAUAACGUAGAGGAAGGAUACCCGCGGCCCAUCUCGGACUUCGGCCUCCCGCCGGGCGGCGUCGAUGCUGCCUUCUCCUGGGCCCACAAUGACAAGACUUAUUUCUUUAAGGACCAGCUGUACUGGCGCUACGAUGAGCACACACGGCGCAUGGACCCUGGCCACCCCGCCCAGAGCCCCCCAUGGAGGGGCGUCCCCAGCACGCUCGACGAUGCCAUGCGCUGGUCCGAUGGUGCCGCCUACUUCUUCCGUGGCACGGAGUACUGGAAGGUGCUGGACGGCGAGCUGGAGGUGGCGCCCGGGUGCCCGCAGUCCACGGCCCGGGACUGGCUGGUCUGCAGAGACCCACCCGCUGACCCCGAGGGCGCAGACGGAGAGGCCGGGGCCCACGCCCGGCCGGGGCAGCGCGACCACAGCCGCUCAGAGGACGCCUACGAGGUCUGCUCCUGCACCUCCAUCGCCGCCCCAGCACCGCGGGCCGCGGACCCACUGCUGGCCGCGCUGCUGAGCUUCCUGUGGACAGCGGCCCGGGCCCUGGCGCUAUGACAUUCGGCGCUGGCCUGCGACAGGACAGAAGGGGCCACGGCCCAGAGCCACAAAGUGCAAGGACUGAUGGCCCGCCCCUCCAGCGCCUGAGCCAAGCGUCCCUGCAGAGCGGACCCCGCCUUGCAGAUGGGGAUGGCGCCACCAGCCCCCGGGCCGAGGCCACCGGGUGCAGCCUCCCCGACUCGGCAGAGGCCAGCAGAGGGCGCGGAUGCAGGGGGAGCGCCCGCCUGGCCUGCCUGCCCUCUGCCAGCUGGGGAGAUUGCAUCACGUCCCGGCCGGAUCGGGGCCGGGAGCCGUCCGGGAGCCGUCCUUUCAGCAAGCGAGUGACUGAAUCUCACGGAGACGGACCGAGGAGCCAGGGGUAGGCAGGGCUGGGGGCGUUACAUCAGGUCCGCAGGCCCUGGCAAGAGCAGCCCGGAGGCCCACGGGCACCCCCUCCCCAUCACCUGCCGCAAAGCCGCCCCUGGUGCUUCCGCCCGCCCGUGGGGCUUCCUCUCCUGGUCCCAGUGGGCCUGCCGGCUGCCUUGACCAGGGCAGCCGCCUCCACGGGCGAGCCCCCAAGCUGGGGCCGUGGUGGGCUUCCCUUGUGACGCGUUUCAGACAAACACGAUCUCUUC